AUGAUGCACGAGAAGAGCAGAAAAAACACUAACAUUGAUGCCGAGAAUAACAGCACCCUCAGCGAGGAAGAGAGUCAUGUGACUAGUCAGAUUAAACGGGGCCGUAAGCCAAUUUCCGGGCGGCACAUUGAGCUGACCGCCACCCUUUUUCCCGAGCUUGGAAAUCGCCGCCACCGCCCGCUCGAACGCGGCCGUAUUGAGGGUUACCCCAUCACCCACCCCUCCGAAGUCCGUCAAGUUAAAAGCGACGGGCCUCAGCUUCGGGAACUGCCAAGACGAAAAAUCUCGCCGGAAAAUCGACAAUCCGCCGGCGGUAGCUUCCUUCUGCCAAUAGAAGGCGGUGAAGAAGAGCGCCAAACAGACGGUGGUCAGGAGAGUCUUAUGAAUGGAGAAGAAAGUGGCGGGGAAGGGCAUCCAGCGGCGGCGGUGGUGGUGGUGGUGGUGGUUGGCGGCGCACAACGAGGCCCACCAUCUCCGCCAACAGCACGAUGGGGUCGACGUGGGCGUUGA